AUGGCUAAGUUUUUAUCUCUCAUUUUAAUUUAUACGGCUAUUUGCAUUUCAUUAGCUCAUCGAAAUCAUAGAGAAGCAUGGCUUUACGGUUUUAUACGGCCAUUCAUUACACCAACAAGUAUUUGUGCGAAUAGCACAACACAAGCAGGAUAUCUUGCUCAAACUAUUGCUCUUAUUAAUAAUUUUCAAUUAAAUUCAACAUAUAAUUCUGUUUUACAAAUCGAAUCAUCAAAUUUUGUUGCAUAUCUAACAAAUCCUACUAAUCAAGCAUUAUUGUAUAGUAAUUGCACAGCUUUUGUUAUUGGUGUGAAGGCGGCAAAAUCAGCAGAUCAGCAAGCUGCACAAACAAGACAACAAAUUGCUCAAGAUAUUUAUCAAAAAUUUCGACAAGUUCCACAUAAUGUAACUGGUAGUAACGGACCCAAUGACUUGGACAGUAACGGAUCAGAUGACUCGGACAGUCAUGAACAUCAUUAA